CUUCUCUUUUUCUUCUCUCAUUCUAACCCUCAUCCUAACUCCAACGCAUCCGUCCCCGCCGUGACGCCGUGAACCGCAGCAUCGCCGCGCCAUCCUGCUAUUCCUCUACGCUGUCAACCGCAGCCCCGCCACUCCUCUAGGCGGCGACGAUCUCCUUCCAGACCUCGUUCCAUGGCGGUUCUUGUAGUUGUUCCCAUCGUCUGAAACUGUUGGAGAAGUGGAAUCGUCGUGAACGCCGGUUUGUCUCCUUGGAUUUGGGCUUUGGAUUAGAGGAAACAGGAGCUUUUGCGCUAUUUUCUGUUAUUCGCAGUGGUUACAGUGUUUUUCGUUGAGAUUUUUCAUUCUAUUUGUAUUAAUGAAACGAGGUGGAGUGCUGUGUUGAUGUAUGACCAUUCGACCGUAGGAAUUUUUUUAAAGACUAAACAGAGGUUUUCUUAAGAAUGAUGAGCGGGCUUAGGGUCUUUCGAGGAUUCUUCAGAUCAAUAACUAGGGGAAGCUAUCCUCAGUUUAUUGAUUUGUCAACUGCGAGGGAAACUUCAGCUUUUUCUUAUUGCCAUCUAGCCAGUGCUGCUGCAUCUUCAGAUAAUGCCAGUGUGGAAAUAUCAUCAACAGCUGCUUCUCAUGAAGGGAAAGGGCCUGGGGAAUCGAAUCAGACUGGUCCUACUAAGAAGCCUAUUCGAGGAGGGCCCGUCUCAUGGUUGAGCCUUCUUUUGCUUAUUAUGACUGGUGGAGGACUAAUAGUUUACUAUGACAAGGAGAAGAAACGGCACAUUGAAGAACUGAAGACUGGAUCCAGUGUGGUGAAACAAGGGCCGUCUGUAGGAACUGCUGCUAUUGGUGGUGCAUUCAAGCUCGUGAACCAUGAUGGAAAAUCAGUUACCGAAAAGGAUUUUCUGGGGAAGUGGACGCUGAUAUAUUUUGGAUUCACGCACUGUCCUGAUAUAUGCCCCGAUGAACUCCAAAAACUGGCUGCUGCAGUCGAUAAAAUAAAAGGGAAGGCAGGGAUAGAUAUUGUUCCUGUUUUUAUUUCAGUGGAUCCUGAGAGAGAUACUGUUGAGCAAGUUCAUGAUUAUGUCAAAGAAUUUCACCCAGGUUUAGUAGGCUUAACUGGUACACCAGAUGAGAUAAGACAAGUUGCUCGUGCUUAUCGAGUUUAUUAUAUGAAGACAGAGGAGGAGGGCUCUGAUUACCUUGUUGACCACUCAAUUGUUAUGUACUUGAUGAACCCAAACAUGGAGUUUGUCAAAUUCUUUGGUAAGAACUAUGAUGCUGAUGCACUUGCUGAAGGCAUAAUCAAAGAGAUAAAGGAAAACAAGGGGGUGUAACGCUAUAUUUUCCUGAUGCCAAAGAUGGUCGUGCUGACUGAAAGUAAACCUUUUUCCUAUUUAUCAUUUUGGAAUGCAACUACCAUAAUAAGUUCAUAGUCAAAAAAAUUAUCAUACGCUCAUGGUCAAAAAAAUUAUUGAUCACGGUUCUCAUGGACUAUCAACAAAUUUGGUGUACUAGUUGUUGGCCCCAGAGAGUUCUUAAAAUAUUGAGUUGUGCUUUUUUGACUACUUUGUGAAGUCAUAUCAAUUUUAUGGUCCAUGCCAACUAUUUGCAUCAUU